AUGACCCAAGGAAACGUCGCCGGCGGCUACAAGGCCACCCUCUCCAACCCCAACACCUCCGACGAAGCCAAGCAGCACGCUCAGGAGGUGCUCGACAAUGGUCUUCAGGAGCAGGUUGAUGACCAGAAGUUGGCUGAUGAGGAGGGGACUGGUGCUAAGAACACCGGUAACGUCAUUGGUGGAUACAAGGCGACUUUGAAGAACCCCAAUGUUUCGGAGGAGGCGAAGGAGCACGCCCAGGACAAGCUUGACGAGUUCGGUGCUUAA